CGUCCAGGACCUUAACCGCCAUGUCGCCGUGGCCGAAGAGUUUCCCAACUCGGCCUCUGACAAGGUCAAGUCGGGAGGGCUGAUGCACGACCGCCGAGUCGCCCGUAUCAUCACGCCCGGGACCCUGAUCGACGAGAAUUUCAUGGAUCCGUACGCCAACAACUAUGUCAUGGCCAUCCACGUCCACGCCUACGCCCAUCCCGGCGAGCUGCGGAGCUCGACUGCGGCGACGAAUGUGGCGGCCCUAGCUCCAGCGCCAGAAGCGGCAGCAUCGCCAUCACCAUCAGCCCACCAGCCGCCCUCAGCUGUUGGCUACCCCGUCGAGGACGUGCCACUCGGCCUGGCAUGGCUCGAUCUCUCGACGGGUCGCUUUGGCACCCAGCAGACCAAUCUUGCAUCCUUGCCGUCGAUCCUUUCCCGACUCUGUCCGCGCGAGCUCGUCCUGGACCAAGAUUUGGAGUCGAAUCCGCACCACCCAGUCUUCCCCCUCCUGGCCGACGACCGUCACCUCAUCACCUACUCACCCCAAGGUGACCUGCUCAGCCCGUCUGACUGGACCCCCAUGUUGGAGGCGCCCCUGCCUACCCCUGCCGCCGCUGGCUUCUCCCCCGAGGAGGUUCUCGCCGUCGGCUUGGUCCUCAACUAUGUGAAGGAUCGCCUGCAGGGCGCGAGCAUGAAACUGCAGCCCCCGCUGCGGCACGAGAAUAUGCAGAUCAUGGCCAUUGACAAGAACAGCCUUCGCGCCCUAGAGGUCAAGCAGACCAUCCGUGACGGCGCGUUCCGAGGCUGCCUUCUGCAUGCUAUCCGCCGCACAGUUACCAAGAGUGGUGCCCGCCUGCUCAAUGAGUGGCUGAGCGCGCCCUCGACGUCCCUGGAUGUCAUUACUGCUAGACAGGAUCUCGUCGCCCACUUCAUCUCGGACGCAGAUCUCCGUGACUCUGUAAUACUUCUACUGCGCCGAAGCCAUGACUCCCAGCGCCUGGUGCAGAAGUUCGCCCUUGGUCGAGGUGACGCUGACGACCUCAUUGGCCUUGCCAACACCAUCACCGCCACCAGGGACAUUGUCACUCUCCUCCAAGAUGCCCCGUCCGUUGCUGAUGCACCUACCCCUGACUGCCUUGCCUCCUUGACCUCCCGGAUAAGCCUGACUGAGCCUGUCAAGCUUGCGCGUCGUAUCAAAGCCGCAAUUGAUGAAGAUGGUAUUGUCCAGCAGCACCAAGCUGAAGAUAGUGAGGCGAGUCAAAUGAUUGCCCUCGCCGAGGACAUAGUAAGUAGCGAGGGCUCGCCUGAGGAUGCUGCCGCUUUACCCAAGGGCAAGCGGAAGCGUCCCACCUCUAUCCGGGAGUACUAUGCCGACGACAACGAGGCUUGGAUCAUGAAGCCAGCCGCCAGUCGCACCCUCAAGCGUCUUCACGCCGAGCUCAACUCCCUUCUCCAGGAGAAGGGUGACCUCAAUGAGACAUUAUGCGAACGAACCGGUGCCCCGAGUCUCACCCUCCGCUGGACACCCGGCCUCGGCCACAUCGCCCACGUCAAGGGCAAGGACGUCAAGAACUUUACCGAUGUUAUGGCGCUGUCCGCCAGCCGCUCGACACGCUCCUUUCACCUCCCCGAGUGGACGGCCCUUGGACGUCGCCUGGACCAGGUGCGCGUACAGAUCCGGGCCGAGGAGCAGAACGUCUUCCACGCCCUGCGUGAGAACGUCGUCCGCAAUCUCGUCAAGCUUCGCCGCAAUGCCGCCGUUCUCGACGAGCUUGACGUCGCGACAUCCUUCGCUAAGCUGGCUCUCGAGCAGAGUCUCGUGCGCCCCACGCUGAAUAACACGACAUGUCACACCAUCGUCGGCGGCCGGCACCCCACUGUCGAAGGCGGCCUGUUUGAACAGGGACGCAGCUUCGUUAGCAAUGACUGCCUGGUCGGGUCACCAACUGAUGGCCGUAUCUGGCUCAUCACGGGUCCAAACAUGGCUGGCAAGAGUACGUUUCUGCGCCAGAAUGCGCUCAUCACCAUCCUAGCGCAGAUCGGCUGUUACGUCCCGGCGUCCUACGCAGAGAUAGGCAUCGUCGACGCUAUCUUCAGCCGCGUUGGUUCAGCCGACAACUUAUACCGGGACCAGAGCACCUUCAUGGUGGAGAUGCUUGAAACUGCCCAGAUCCUCAAACACGCAACCCCGCGAUCGUUCGUGAUAAUGGACGAGAUUGGACGGGGUACAACGCCCGAGGAUGGCACAGCAGUUGCAUUCGCAUGCCUACAUCACUUGGCGACCGUCAACCAAUGCAGGACGUUAUUUGCGACACACUUCCACCAAGUAGCCGACCUCGCCGCAACCGAGGGGUUGUGUGACGGGAAUCGCGGCACUGUGCAUACGUACUGCACGGACGUGGAGGAAGAUGGCGAGGGUGGGUUCGUCUACGUACACAAGCUACGAAAGGGAAUCAACCGGGAGAGUCACGCCCUCAAGGUUGCGAGACUGGCAGGAUUGCCAGAGCGGGCAAUCGGAGUGGCACGGCAAGUUUUGAAUCAUCAUCCCAUGGAGUCGGCUGGGGCAGGGCAUAAUCCGGGACGGGUCGGGACCGGGUGAUUGGAAUGAUACGGCGUCACACGAUGUAAGACGAGAACCAGUAAAAUACGGCGACCUGUGAUAUAUUUGUGUUAGCCUUGAUACCCCUCCAAAGCAAUUUCAAACAUAUGAUUUUAAGAAUAUCCGUCAUAGGGUGGUGAUGUGUGUGUCAUCAGGAGAUAUCAGGGUUAAAAAGCUCUUGAACGGGAGGUGAUUGGUUC